GACUUCGUCUGAAAGGCGGGGCUCAGUCAAAGGUCACCGCGGCAGACAUGGCCAGCCAGGAGUUGCGCGGAGAGCUGAAGUACCGUGACGGAGAGACGAGAGCAGUCACGUUAGCGGUUUCUAGCACCCUACCGGCUCUGCUACACGGUGUCCAACAGCUGAGGGAACAGGUUGCCGUGGUGCUCAACGAGCUGGUAGAGCAGGAGAAGAGCGGCGCUUUGCAGACGACAAGCACACCGCUGUCGGACGAUGAAGAGGAGGACGAUGACAGCGAUGAGGAAGAUGGUGAUGUGAAAAGCAAAAAGUCUCACUCCACACCUCCACCUCCUAAACGAAAACGGCAAAGCCCACCUUUGAAUCCCAAGAGCUGUACCUAACAUCUUCUUCUGUAGUCUACUUCAAGCGAUAUAGGUUGGACGUUUUAUAUCUUUUGAAAGAUGCCAUUUAUGUUGAAUUUUUUCGGUUUAGCAGAUUAAAACUUUUUUUGUCAAAGGUAAUCUUUUUUUUUUUCCCCCAAAAUCUUGUCGGUCCUGUUACCUGACUUGACUCCCUGACCUACAAUUUCACCUCAUCUUGUUUAGCUUACACAGUGAACACACUGGGAGUGUUCCCAUAUACAGGCAUCAUUGUCAUUUAAUUCUUAACCAUUAGGUUAUACUGCCAAUGUGGCACUUAGCUUUAUCACAAAACAUUACUAAACUAUGGGUGUUUCUUUUAUGAGGCCAUUGUUAGUUGUCCCAUCUUGGGAUGCUCCUUCCUGCCUUGCAUCCCUCCAAAUUGUUGGAAGGAAAGCUUUGAGUUCCUGUGCAGAAAUACUACAUGCACACACACACAGCUGACCAUGGCCCCACCACACACCGGUGUUCUUAUUUAAUCACCAUCAGCAGAAAGGAGUUGCCAUUUGGACAAUGAUUUAGGAAAUGGGAUUGAACAAGAUAGAAACAACCGACUGCAGACACAAUUUCACAAUUAAUGAAGAUUAAUAAAUGUUCCCAGGAUUUUACAGACUCACAUCAAAUGUAUGUUUUUUAUCAUAUGAUAAUCAUAAUAGCAGCAGCUCACUACUCAAAAGCACUAAAUGCAGAGAUGAUGCACGAUUUGAACCUAUUACCUGGCAGUUGCUAAACGGUAGCUGAUCCACUGCGCCAUUUCUGCAGAUCCCUGACAAAGUAGUGUCAUCACUGUGACAGCUUGUUGAAAAUUAAACGUGCAAACAAACACGUAUGCGAACGUCUUUUACUUUGUACCAACUGAUAGCUGGGCUUCAGCAACAUGUCAAUUGAGCAAUUUAUUUUUCUUCGGUUUUACUCUACAAUAAAAGCAUACUUG